UCCGUUUAUUUCCGGAUGUCAAACGGUAGCGUAGCGAGUGCCGAGAAGAAUUCUCGAAGAAAAAGUGAUGCACCUGGUGAAGAGGGGGCGAGUUGCGGUACGUGUCGUCGAGUAGAUACUAGCCGUAUGGUGCAGUGUGACGACUGUGACGCGUGGUUCCACUACGGAUGUGUUAACGUCGAUGAUAGUAUCCAGUACCAUGACUGGAGCUGUAAUGGGUGCAUGAGAACUUCGUUGGAGCGGCAGAGACGUGUCUUGAGUGAACAGCUGGAGAGUCUUGAGCAGAGGCAGAUGCAAUGGCAACAAGAGCAACAGAUGUAUCUGGAGCAGAUGGAUAAUCAGCGAAAGCUUGAACAGCGGCAGAAGCAGCAGGAGUUGCAGCAGCUAAAGCGGAAGCAGUUUGAUCAGCAGCAGAUCGAAGAGUUGCAGUUGCAGCAGGACAAGCAGUCGGACUCAGUCACAACUGGAACCGUAGUGCCUUUGAAAUCACUCGGCGCGAUUCCUAAGCAGCAGCAAAUGCAGUGGCAACAAGAGCAGCAGAAGCACCAGGGGCAGAUGGAUGAUCAGCAAAAGCUUGUACAGCAGCUAAAGCAGAAGCAGUUAGAUCAGCCGAUCGGAGAGUUGCCUUUGCAACAGAACCAGCAGUCGGAGCCAGUCACAACGAGAACCGAAGUACCUUCAAAAUCACUAGACUCUUCUCCAAACCAGGGCAAAAGGAAAGAGCCUCUGGCAAGCUCAACAACCAACGACAUAAGACCAUCCGGCACAUAUGGCAAGGCGUCAUCGAAGGGUUCGAAGCAUUCGAUGAAAGUCCGGCAGUUGCAACUCAAAGCGCUAGAAGAGAGGCAAGCACUGGAAAAGAGGCAAUUAGAAGAACGACUAGCACUAGAGCGAGAGAUGUUAGACACAAGUGAGUCGGAGGAAGAAUCGGUGGUAAAUCUCGAAAAGAUUGACGAGUGGCUUGAAAAAACUGAGAACAUGGGAAACUCGCUGAACGAGACACCUUUACCAGUGUACAAUGAGAACCUACGAAUGCCAAUCAGUCUUCAAGGUGCAACAGGUGUAAGAUGUUCACACUCGAUUUAAAUAACCUUCGUAAUCUGUGGCCUGCACUGCCUUGGAGUUGGACCGUCUAGAAUCCCACAUUUGCUGAAGAAACAUCAUCCAAGCGAUACGAGGUGGCCGCGAAACAUGAAAUUCCUGCAAAGCUCUUUCAAACUACAGCCGGUGGUCAACAGCGGUGGUGGUGGUUUGAAAUGAAUCAACGAGAUGCCCAACCCGGAAAUGCCCAAAACACGGCUGUGCUGCAGUGUGUUGCAUCCCAUCCGAAAACUGGGUCCGCUUUCCUGGUGACCCAGCCGACCCAGCACGUCGACAACGAACGCGUCGAUAAUCUUAGAUUGACUUUGCUAGAAGUGAUCGGAUCGUUAGUAUAUGCCGUUAGAAAAAACCCAAGAAAAGAAAACUGCCAUUGUUUUUUGUUAGAGAAACCAAAAGAACGGAUUUCAAUAGGAUCCGAUAGACUACAGCUUCGUGAACGGCGGGUGAUUAAUAUAGAAAGUGAUAGUAGUUUAGCACUUAGUAGGUAUGCUUUCAAAGUUUUACUGGCUCCCGAUUAUCCAGAGUUUAGUCUGCAUCGAAAUCG